AUGGAUGAAGCGGGAAGAGGAUCACAAACGCGAUUGGCAAGACGAGAUGUCCCGGUUCGAUACGUCGAGCUCAUACAAGAGUUUUCGCCGGGUUAUAUCAUCCUCAGCUAUGUGAUCGCUGUUGUAGGGAGCUUGUGUACGCUGGAGCUCUUGCUUAGAAGGACCUCAAACCGCGGGACAUACAACGUCCUCCUCCUAGUAGCCGCUGGGAUCUGUUUCGGUUCCGUCUCGACCUUUUCCAUGCACUUUAUCGGCAACAACUCUCUUGUCCUGCACCACCCUCUGGAGAAAGAACGUGGUUACCCUUCCUUGACGCUGGCUUAUGCGGCAGGAUGGACGGUACUGAGUUUGGUGGUUAGUUGUACGUGCAUGAUAGGAGCUUUCUUCGUCAUGGGCUUGGAAGUCGGGUGGGAGAGAGCAGAGAGGCGGAAGAGGAAAUGGGAAGAGACGAAAGCCGAGGACAAGAACGAUAGAGUGGAUGAGGAGAGCCGACAGAAUCAGGAAGAGGAAGAAUGGGACCACAAGGGUCUGCAAAAGGAAGAUCUUGCACCUGUGCAUGUGAGACCUCCGCCCUCGGAUCCGGUCGCUUCCGGGUACGACAACGAGAUUCUCGACGAUGAUAUCGUUCCUGCCAGUAUCAACCGGAUGGACAGGUCUCCGUACGAUACGGGCAGGUCGUCAAGAGAGCCACCGAGGAAACUCUCAGGGCGAGAGGCGGAAGAAGGGGUCAUCCCCGUCCCCGUUUCCACGUCCAAUCGGUACGCGAGAAGAGGCUCUGUACCGAAUAUCAAGCUUCGAGACAGAGCGCCUUAUUCGCCCCUUUCGGUGGAUUCCACGGCACCACUGUUCUCGCCUACCUUUACCUUUCCCGGGCCUGGAUCUACGUUGGCUUCGGAGAGGACGACGCCGCUGACAGGGUCGACGACGACUAGUCUAUACCCUCCUCCUUCGAUCUUGCAAGGUCGGAGAGCGUCCGUCCCGGUCAAUUCUCUAUUUCCGAGGGAAGCGUCGACACCGACUUACACGUUGGCUAGGAUACAGUCGUAUACCGAACCAGACGGCGAUGACCCUCUAGCGGGUCGAUCGAAUGAUUUGGGUGAUGAUGAAAAGCAGACAGCGGGAGGGCUCGCCAACAAGGAGGCAGGAAUGACAAGAGCGUUGUCGGCACUGAGUGAAGACGGACAUUCGCGACCCAGCAGUCGCAGGCGGCCAUCAAAGACUCGGAGCGAUAAAAGCGGUACCUGGCUGAACAAGUUCAAGCAUCUCUUGGGCUACGACGUGGUUACCAGGCAAGAGGUCAGGAAGAUCUUGGUCGCUGGGACGAUCUGCGGAUGGGGGAUCGCGGGAAUGCAUUAUCUCGGCCAAAAAUCGAUCGUCUCGAUCCCCUACACGAGCUAUACUAUCGGAAACGUAGUAGGCAGUGUCGUAGUCGCCUGCGCCGCGGUCAUCGUUGCCCUGUACAUCAUGUUCAUCGUCCUCCGUCCUAAACUCAAGCACGGAUGGUUCAUCAAGGUCGCUAUCGCGUGCAUAUUGGGAGCUGCUGUCUGUUGCAUGCAUUACAUCGCCAUGGGAGUUGAUCGUACGGUGAUAAGAAGGCUGAAUGAGAUGCUGCGGCGUUUCGCAGGUACCACCUACGCGCUGAUACAGGGCGUCAUCCCCCCGAAAAGCGCGUUCGGAGCUACCAAAAAGAUGAUCACCGGGAUUGUCGCAACACUGGCCAUCAUCGCCUGUCUCAGUAUCUUCACCUUCAGUGUGAUCGCACAUUUGCGGAACGUGGCUCAUCGUAAAGGCAGGCGAAGGGUUGUCAUCGCCGCCAUGAUCUAUGACGAGGAAGACCGCCUCUUGGUCUCGCCGGACGGCAUGCUACCCAUGUGUGAUAUCGCUUCGAUCGAUGUCGAUAGCAAGAGGCGCAGUAUGCAUCGGCACAAGGGCAACAAGGGCUGGGACGCUGAGAGCUCAUCCUCGAGUGUGCUCGAUAUCGAUCUGACCAGUUCCCACCCUGCCUUUAUCGCUGCGUUGCGCAGUACGUGGGCCUGGCGACAGCCUGGAGUGGUGCCGGCGAGACGACCGAGCGUCAGCUUGCCUAGUGAUACUUCGAACGGCUCGGCCUCAUAUCAAGACUCCAUGACUCAAGCGGAUCGUUCUACAUCAGACGCCUCCAAGAAUGGCAGGCGUAUUUCGACGUUAUCUCUGGCCGACUCGGCUGUUUACCCAGGCACUCUCGAUGGCCGGGCCCCCAUGACCCUCAACGUUGGCAAGUUCAUGGAGAGAUUUUCCGUAGCCGUCGGACAGCUGGCUAGCGUGAUCACCGGAAACGAACAAGGUGUGAGGCGAUUAGGGGUCUUGUAUGACCGUAUUCUGACCACGGGCCAUGUCUCCAUUGGAGGUGAUCGCAGUCAGGGGACAACUGUUUCGAAAGGACAACUUAUAUUCCUGGUGCGACGCGUCACCACCGGUCACGAAAAGAGUCAACUUCUGGCGAGGAACUUCCUCUUCGCAGAGCCCUAUGCGGUAGCAUCCGUCAUGUCAAGAACAUUGGCGGUACCGGUGGAAAACUUUCUCGACGUCAUCGAUGAUCAGCGCGACUUUUGCGACAAGGGCAUGUCUCAAGACAUUCGCCCGGGAAGACUGUAUGCGUCGGCCUGCAUCAUACAGCCGACUACUUUCGAAGGUAUACGCGUCUGCGUCGAUCCACAGAGGCGACAUGAGCUCCCGCACGAAGAGAUCUGUCCGUUGUCGGCCGUACCAACAGCCAUUCGUACUCAAGACACGAAUCAGAGCGACGCUAUGAUUACCGGAACCAUCGAGGAGAUUGGCGAUGCACUCACAUGCCUCGAGGGCCAAACUCUGUUCGAAAUGCUGGCACCUCGCAAUGAGCUCUUGUUAGCGGCCGACUCGUUGCCAGAGGAUCCAUCCGUCGUACGGCUUCGCAAGAUCUUGGUUGAAACGGUGAUCCCGAUGCUCGAUGGUAUACUCACGGCCAAAGCGAUGACCGAGGUCUUGCCCCGGCUGAAACUGCUGCCCUCGGUCAUACCCCUGACGCCCCCCCUGAUCUCACCCAUCUUUAAAGCUCACGGCCUGUCUCGAGCACCCGAGGUGACAAUGGCAACGUCAAUGGCAUGGACGAUCAUGUUCAAAGCCGUACUUCCGGUCGACGCUGAUCACAGUGGCUUGGAGUGGGAAUCAUGGGCUCUGUUCCGCGCGCAACAAGAGUGUAUCCUGCGAGAUGGCCGUCAAGGCCAGGCUGCCGCUCGCAACGCUCUCGCCCACGCCACGGCGGGGUCUUCGGUACACAACCCGGCUCGUCGUCCCUCCAAGAUCCAGUGGUCGACAUCGUUCACGGGUGAAGAUACCUUUGGGAGCGCGAGCGCAAGACGUUCUUCUGUCGAUCCUGAUACGAGCCUUGGUCUCGACGAUCGACCGCCCAUCUAUGACAGCUCGGCCCAGGGCAGAACAAACCCGAACCUGUCCAUUACGGUUCAUCGAAGGAGCUCGAUGGCACCAUCAAGCACUGACGGACCCUUGACGUUCGAUGAAAACGAUCAACAGCAAGAGGUAGCUCCGGGGGUCGGUACAUGGCACGCAGACUGGUUGACCAGGAUUCUCCGGCAAGAUCUACAUCAGCGGCCAUCGGAGUAUGACUCGGAACGGUACUGA